AUGUUGGAUCACUGUUCUAUCUCACACAAAGGUGGUUUCGUGCUCUGGUCGCGAUCGUUCACACCCGAGGUGGCCCAAACCGCUUCAUCUUCCUCCUCGCCAGUCAAUUCCCUCAUCCGCGACGCUCUCAUUGAAGGUCGCAACGCCGAUGACAAGUACGACAAGGAUGGAUAUACCGUCAAAUGGACAUUUGUCAACGACCUCGAGUUGAUCUUCGUUGUGGCAUACCAGCGUAUCUUGCAACUGACCUACGUGGAGGACCUUUUGGCAGCAAUAAAAACUCUAUUUAUGAAGCUCUAUGAACCUUUCCUGACCACUUUCGUCGAGUCCGUCCACGCUAUCAGCAACGGCAAGGUUGCUGGCAAGGAUUCCGCAGUAUCCUGGAACUUUGCAGAGGCGUUCAAAAAUUGGGACACCGUGUUUGACAAGUUGCUCAGAAACUUUGAGGAGAAAGCCGCUCAAGAGCGCAAAUCUCGAUAUCGGACAGCGGCCCCCAAGGCUCUGGUCUCGGACUCCACCCCUCCUUCUGACGAUGCUAGCACCAUACCUUCUGCUGCCCUUCCCCAAGAUGAGCAGGCAAUAGCUAGAACCCAUCAGGCGCUGAAAAGUCGGUUACGUGCACGAGGCGGUGCCCGUGGUGGUAGGAGAGGGGUGGCCAGGAUGGACUCUGAAAGCGGGAGGGACAGCGUUCACAGCUCCGACACGGAGACUGGCAAGAAGAAGACCAAGACGAAGGUGCAGCGCAAGUGGGGUGAUCAAGUGCCCACAGAGGAGGACAUGGCUUCUCUAGACUUCAGCUCAGAUAAGCCAAAUGACGCCGGGAACAUUGGCUCCCAUGACCUGCAGGCGCUCGUUGACCAGGCGUCCCUGGGAACUAGGACCAACGACGGUCUCUACGAAGUCAAAGAUUGGGAGUUCGACUCUCAAACGGACGAAGCAGACGAUGUCAUCGCUCGUACCAUGGGUUCUCAGGUUGCUGAGCAAUCUAAGGGCUCGCUGGGCGCACUGGGAUCGUUCUUUGCCCGUUUUACUGGCUCUAAAGUCCUUACUGAGGAAGACUUGAAGCCAGCGCUGGAGGGCAUGAAACAGCAUUUGAUGAAGAAAAACGUUGCGAAAAACAUUGCCGAUAAGGUUUGCGAAGGAGUGGGAGAAAGUUUGGUUGGCAAGAAACUCGGCUUCCAAACCACGGGCAACGCUGUUCGAACUGCUCUCUCGACGUCCAUUACACGUAUUCUCACUCCAAAGACUUCGACGGACCUCCUGCUCUCCAUUCGCACGAAGCUGUCCACGCCAGUGCCAUCAGCGCAGCAGAGGAUGCCAUACAGCAUCACGUUCGUUGGUGUCAAUGGCGUGGGCAAGAGCACGAAUCUGUCCAAGGUCUGUUUCUGGCUGAUUCAGAACGGAUUCCGAGUCCUUAUCGCUGCUUGCGACACCUUCCGGAGUGGCGCCGUUGAACAGCUCCGUGUCCAUGUCCGUAACCUGGGGAUGCUUGGCGUCAAUGGCGCGACGAACAGCAAAGGGCGCGUUGAGCUCUUCGAGCGGGGGUACGGAAAGGAUGCAGCUGGGAUCGCGAAGGAAGCCAUCGCAUAUGGAAAAGAUAAUGACUUCGAUGUCGUGCUGAUCGACACUGCUGGUAGGAUGCAAGACAACGAGCCGCUCAUGCGCGCUCUUGCCAAGCUCGUGGCAGUAAACAACCCCGACAGGAUUAUCUUCGUCGGCGAGGCACUGGUCGGAAACGAAGCAGUCGACCAGCUCACCAAGUUUGACCGUGCCCUUCGUGAUUUCUCGUCUGCCUCAGGGGCAGGCAAGGGGCGCGGGAUUGACGGUAUGCUCGUCACGAAAUGGGAUACCGUCGAUGACAAGGUUGGAGCUGCUCUGUCGAUGACAUAUGUGACUGGCCAACCUAUCUUCUUUGUGGGCUGUGGGCAGACGUACACCGACCUCAGACAGCUGAGAGUAGGGAAUGUGGUCAAGGCAAUCCUCAGCGACUGAUUUCGCCCUAUGUAUGUGCCAAUUGUUGUGCUUGGGAGGAUUUCUAGAGUAAAGAACGGAUCAACAAAUGGACAAUGCUGAAUCCUAUAAUGUAUACGCAGUGGUGCUGUCAGGUGCUGAUCACCUUUUCUUCUAUGUAACUGCAAUUGGCAUGAUGUGCUAGCUGUCCCGUUAGCUUCG